GGCGUGAAAAGAAAGAGACGACCCGAGGCGAGGAGAACCACGAAAACACAGCCAAUAUGUCUAAUUCUUCCAAUAAAUUUAGCGCAUACACGAUGUCACAGCUCAACGAAUUGCUGGAUGACGACGAGAAACUCACAAAAAUUGUACACGAAAUGGAAGAGAUGCAGGAGGUCCAGCAGAACAAGGAGAUGACACUGGCCAGUAACCGGAACCUGGCAGAGCAGAACCUGGCCCUGCAGCCCAGUUUGGAACACAGGAAGGAUCAGCUCACCAAGCAGUACAGCUGUCUUCAGGAAAGCUUUGAGGCCUAUCAGCUCCGCAAGUCCACCCUAGAUCACAAGUCAGGAAACACCUCCCUGGACACUUUGCUGGCCCUGCUGCAGGCAGAGGGAGCUAAAAUAGAAGAGGAGACAGAGAACAUGGCUGACUCCUUCCUGGAUGGUGACGUGACCCUGGAUACAUUCAUCGACACAUACCAGAGCAAGAGGAAGCUGGCUCACCUGAGAAGAGUGAAGAUUGAAAAGCUGCAGGAGAUGGUGCUGAAGGGCCAACGGCUCCCCCAGGCUCCGCCCUCGAGUUCCCGCUCUCAGGACAUGUCAGCAGCCAGACCAUCACCCCUCUUCACUGAGGCCAGUGGCAGUAGCUCUCCUCUCCCUCAGCCCAGGAGAAAACCCCCACCUCCUCCAUCACAGCCAGUCCUCACUCCAGCUCCAGCUGCUGCUCCAGCACCACAGCCUGCUGUCUUCUACACUUCAGCGCCAUACCCCCCCAUUCCUCCUAGAGCAAGCCAGCACUACCCCAGUGUCCCCUCUAGCUACCCCAACCCUUUCUUGUCCCAGUAUCCUCCUGCUCUGCCCCAGAGGCCUCCCCCUCGCAUGGCCCCACAGCCUGGCUUUAUCAUGCAAUAAAAACAGGUGCUGAACAGAGGUGGACUUACACUGGAACACCUUUGGAACUCCUCUGGGACUCUUACUGUGUCAGCCUUCUUGGAAUAAGACGUAUCACAGUACAUGAAGGUGAACCUACACCGGCUGGUCUGGUCAUGUUCAUUGACACAGAUCUUCAACGUAUCUGUGGAUCUGUGCUUGCCUCCUCACAACACUCCUGUCAACAUUGCAACAAAAACGACUUGACUAGACCAGUCUGAUAGCGCUAGCCUGAAUCCCUUCAGUGUAAGGGCUAAUGGUAGGCUGUAGUGUGUCUAUUGGAUCACUACUAGUCUGGGACUUGCCAUCCCACCAGAGCCAUCUAUCUGCACUUUUGUCUUCAGGCAGUGCCCUCAGCUGUGCAUGCCCAAUAGUUUUCAGUCUUUCCCAUCCCUCCAGUCACAGGGACAGUGCAUGUUCCUCUGACAGUGCUGUUUAUGGAAGACCACAGUCAUUAAAAAUAAUUGGUCAUUUUUUGCAACUACAGCUUAGUAAUUAUAUCUUAAAGUAUAUGCAAGUAACAUGAGACCUUAACUACUGUGCAGUUUUGACACAUUUCCCAGAAUAUGUUCAAGCAAAACUGCAUAUAUACGGCUUUUGAUUUUCAAAAUCCACCCGGUACAUAAAAAUAUUUUAAUUUCAGUAACAUGAUACUUUAGAGAACUAAUGGAGUUUUGUGAAUAAUUCCCAGGAUAGACCAAUUAACAUUGCUCUGUGUACAGAAGUGUAACUUAAUAUUUGGUCAUGUCUACAGAGAAUGCACACCUGGUUGACAAUUAUUGGUGUCCCUCAGGGCAGAUGGUUAUGUUGAGGAGAGCACAGCUUGGGGUGUUGAGGAAGAGGGCUAGUGGUAUUAGAAAGAUCGAAAUAUGUUUAACAUAAAACUAGGCCUUUGGAGCCUUACCCAAAAUGAAGGAUUUAUGUAUUGCCAUGCACAACACUUCUGCCAUGUGUUGUUCUUGUUGUAAUGCAGCUCUCCUUUUGAUGUCCAUUGUCUUCAACAUCCUUGGUCUAUAUUGGGAAAUAGUGCUAACAAUUGUUUGGCAUUACUGAUCAUACGUUUUGAAUAUGUUAUAUUUCCUAUCACAUUGACUGAGCACCAAAGACUCCCUGUGCCAUUCUCUGUGAGAUGUCUUUUGUUUAAAAAUGUAAAUGCAACAUUUGAUGAGAAAAUUACCAUGAACAUUGUCCGCACAAACAUGCGAUGGGAAAUAUAUGGUCAGUCAUUCCAGCUAUGUAUGAAUGGAAUGGUUUCAUGUUGACAUUCAUGUAAAGCAGCCACAAAGCAGAAAGGAGCUGGGAAAUUACUUAUUCAAAAACAAUAAUUGUAAACAUGCAAGCCUGACCUCACAAAAAGAGCAACUUGCAAGAUCUUCAGACUUGGGGAAGAAACUCUUUCUGGUGCAAUUCGGAAAAAAAGACUGCUGUUGUUGUGCACUGUUGAAGAGCCGUGAGUGCCUACUCUUGAACUGACGCUCGCACUGUCAGGGCAGGCAUCUUGCUGACUACACCAUGAUUCUCCAUUUGUGUACAGUUCACAGACUUGGUCUGACAACUCUGACACCCUCUCCCCUAUUAUAGCCCCAAUGUUAAUAGGCUACCCCUUAUAGUGGGCUACUAUGAUCUUUUUGGGUUUUUUUUUUAUAACUUUGACAAAAUGUCAAGAAGUAGGAUAGACAUGUACUGACUGUCAGUCUGUCAUGUUCUGCAUUUUUCACUAACAUUAUAGGGCUCAAGGCCAUAGUAGACUGCUGUUGAACAUGUGCCAGACAUGUCUUCGGGCCAUGUGCCUGCUGGUACUUCUGGUACUCUUCUCCAUUCUUUCUACAAAAAUAGAGGGAUGUCUGAAGUGGCUUUGGACAUCCAUGCAUGUAGGAAAAUUGGCUGGGUUUUUUUCUUCUAGUUUUACUUUUUAAGGCUCCAAUUUUGCCUUUCAUAUCAGUGAUAGUGUCCCUCAUGGAAAGAAGUGGACCACAAAAUGGUUAAAGUGUUUUUGUCGGCAAGUUGUCCUGCAAAACUAGGCUAAAAUAUCAAGGUUUUGAUUAACCAGCAUUUCUAACAACUAACAAAUUCUUGUGUGCAUGGCCUUUAUGUUAAAUCUGGGGAUAUCUUUAUUUCAGCUGGUGAGUUUAUUUUUUGUUUGAACUGAUUCUCUGUAUUCAUAGUUUUAUGUGGUUGGUGACAUUUUCAGUGUAAUGUAGGUAUUUACAUAUUACAAUGAAUGUUUAAGUGGCGUUUAAGGCUAUUUUAAAGUUCAAUAAAUCUUGAGUUUUUGU